CCAUCUCUGAUAACACCCGGAACACGGCGGUUUACAAUUGUAUAAAAACAACUAGCUCGGUAGGUUUUCAUCACAAUUUGACAAAAAAUCAAAAUAUUUUAAACUUAUAUCAGCAGGUGAAGUUUGCAGGUUUUCAGCAACGUCGUUAAACCGGGAAGUGCAGAGUGAGGAAGGCGAGCCUACUGAUCAUGAGCUACAGACGGGGUUGCCGCUACGUAUGUACACAGACGAUAUAUUGAGCCACCCAUAUUUCUACCCGGGUAGACAACUGAAACCGUCAUGGCGCAUGGAAGGCUGGGUCGAUUUUAAUAUCAUUCAACAAUCUGGCCGGGUAGAUCGUGAAGCAGUCAACUUUGGCUGAAUUAAUCAUUUACUUGCAAUUUACGUUUUGACAAUUUUGUAUGGCGACUAGCUAGGCAGCCUAAUGGCAGAGACGUAUAUACAUACGUCUCUAUUAAUUGUGAAAAGCGUUUUCUCUUCUCACGAUAUUUUUCAAAUUCUCCAACACAUUCACCAAGGCAGGACAAAUUGAACCACUCCUGAUUAAGUGAAGUUGGGGUAUUUUUGAAGAUUUAAUUUCCCGAUGUCGGACGAACUGCUUCACUGCUAUAGUCGAUAAUCCUCGAAAGUGUUAUACAUUGUAUCUCGUUACUAAAAUGGCCACGCCCGAGUACAAAGGGCAGCUUCCUUCCCGUACCAAAGGUCAAACCACGUGUAUGUACCACAAGGGUAGAAAACUGGACAUUUACUGUGAAGAAUGCCAAGAACUUGCAUGUACCAAAUGCCUGUCUACUGUACAUAAGAAACAUCCUUUGUGUGACCUUAGUGAAAUUACUCCAAAAAAGAAUCAAGACAUUCAAAACUUCAUCUACAAAACUGAGAAAGUUGACCUCGUACAAAUUGACAAGUACAUCACUGCUACUGAUACACGUCUAAAGGACAAUGUCAGCCACUUUGAAAAUCUUUCCGAACAGUUGAAGAUACAAACAAAGAAAAUAAUACAAGAUCUUAACCAGCUUUCAGCUCAGACUCUGUGUCUCUAUCAACAAAUGGAGGAGGAUAACACCAAGCUACUACAAACAUACAAACACGAUCUGGAAAUGUACAGUACUCAGUUAAAACAACAAGUACAGGAAUGUAAGAUAGCACUUCAGCGUGGCUCUGACAUACAAAUCUACGACACAGGAUUUGAUAUUCAAUCUCCUGUCACUCUCCCCGUUAAACCUACCCUGGGUACUGCUAGCUUCACUCCGAACCGAAAUCCUAAGGGUCACCUGAAACAAGCCUUGGGAAAAAUGGACACUUCAAGUAAAGGUCAGCGUCAAGUCCCUUUUCGCCCCGAUCAUGUAUUUUCUGGACCUGGUUAUUCCUCUACACAGAGGUCGUCAGAACAAAAAGUUUGGAGACCAAGUUCACAACAGAGCUCAGGAGAAAGAAAUGACGUGUCCAGUCCAGUGUAUUCCCUGUUGCCUCAGACCAAGGUGUUGGGGGAGUGGGAGUAUCCAUCUGGCAUCAGUUCUAUAUGUCCCACCACUGAUGGUCAGGUGUGGUCCAGUGACUUUGACAGAAAAACCUUACCUCUCCUGGACAGGAAGGGGAAAGUUAUACAGGAGGUUGAAAACAAUACUGGGAUCAAGGACAUAAGUAUGUCACCCACAACCAACACACUGUGGGUCUGUGAUAAUGAAAACAACAUCAGAGAGCUUGUGUCAGGACGACUGGUACACAGAUUCAGCACCAGGGAGUUCCCACUGUGUAUCUGUAUUACAGCUAAUAACCAUGUCAUUUUGGGGAUGGUCAACAAAAUCUCAAAAUUUACCACAAAUGGUAAACUGGUACUUACUACAUCACCUACAAGGACUUGGAAACCAUUAGUGUGUACACCAAACAGGAUCUCAGAGUGUCCUGUCACUCAGAAUGUCGCAGUGGCUGACAGUGAUAGUGAACAUCAUGGUGGUGAAGGACAAUCACAUGUUGUUGUCAUGGACACUGACUGCAAGGAACUAUUUGUAUAUUGCGGUGAAUACAGACAUACAUAUCAACCACCAUCACAGUCAGGAAGUGAACCAUUUAACCCCUCUGGUGUGGUGUAUGACAGUGUGGGUAACCUAGUCAUAGGGGACCGUAACAACAACCGUAUCCUACUCAUCAGUGGGCGUGGUGAGUUCCUCAAGAUCAUACACACAGAUGACAUCUUUACAUCGGCUGUUGGUGUAGACAAGAAGGGUGUUCUGUGGGCAGCGUUUGGGAUUUUCUAUGUCAAACUACUACAGUAUCUACAUUGAUAUUUAACACCAGGACAAACUACAAUGUGUGUAUCUAAUAACAAUGACAACAAACACUGAUGUUUUGAUCGAAGAUGUCAUGAUACUUGAUAAACUUCAAAAUAGAGGAUCUUACAUUCGUGUCCAUGUCAUAUUGAGUUUAUUAAAAGAGUUUAAUAAUUUGAUAUGAAUCGAGCCUUUAGGCGAGUGUCAUGUUGGAUUUAUUGAACAAAUGCAUAUGGGGCUCAAUGGGGGAAUAAAGUGAUACAUGUUUAUAACCCUUGACCUUCAGUACGAUUGGAGGAAUUUUAAUUACAUUUUGUGUGGAGCAUCUAUUAGCAAGGGGGACUUAACUUUGCAUAAACAGAGGGUGUGACUCUCCCAGGGGGCAGAGGAGCGCGGCCCAAAAGAGAGAACAAAGCAAUAAAUGUGUAAAAUCCUUCUCCUUCAAUAGGAUGGGAGGGAUUUCAACGAACUGUUGCGUAGAGCAUUCCUGGACAAAGGCCUAGGGGACUCUGUAUCUAUAAAUCGAGGGUGCGUCACCUUCUACGUAUAUUUUUUUAGAAGGGCAGGGCCUUGUAGGGAUCUUUAAAAUCCUUCCUUUUCACAAAUUGAUUGAUUGUUAUCAAAUUUCGUGUAAGGCAUGUUUCGGCUAAGGGGACUUAAUUUGUAACUGAUAAGGUGUCACAAUGAGAAACCAAAACCUAGUACAGUCUUACAUCACCUAACAGUGCACCUGAUUGAGUGACGUAGUAUUAAAUAUAGGCAAUCAAUAACAAAACUGUUAGAAAAAUUAUUAAUGGUGUCAUUGUUUUUUUUUUAAAUAAGCAUCAAAUUAAAAAAAAAUUCUUAACGCAAUGC